CAGACAGGAAGCGCUGGUAACUUCUGUCGGGAGGAAAGUCAGUAAUAGGAAACGCAUAGGAGACACAGAGACAGGAGUGGAGGCAUAGUUUAGAUCAUAUGACUCAGCAGGAAUGGAUGAAGUAAGGAGUUGCGAGGCUGGAAGAUUGUUAAACCUGACACUGGAGAUCAUCUACCUCCUGACUGGAGAGGAUUACACAGUAGUGAAGAAGACAUCUGAUAAGUUUAUGACCCCCAGCAGCCAUCCCCGUGUCUCAGGAAGAUGGACCAGGAAGCGUAACCACACCAUGGAGUCUCCACCUCACUCACUGAUACUUGAUAAAAGCAAAGUAUAUAAAAUCCUAGCACUAACUAAUGACAUCAUUGAGCUGCUGACUGGAGAGGAGUGGGAAAAUUUAGAUAGGCAUGAAGAUCUCUACAAGGAUGUCAUGAUAGAGGACCAUCAGCCUGUCACAUCACCAGAUGGAUCCAGUACCAGAAAUACUCCAGAAAGAUGUCCCAGUCCUCUGUAUUCACAGGAUUCUUCAGACGAUCUCAGUGUACCACAAGAUCAUCAGUGUGAAGAUCUGAUUGAUAUAAAAGUUGAAGUUAUAGAUGAAGAAGAAGAAGAAGAAGAAGAGGAGGAGAUAUACAGCAGAAAUGAUAGACAAGUUAAGGAGGAAGAACCAGAUUUCAGCACAGGUCUGCGGGACCUCUCAAGUGAACAUUUAACUGUGUCUCCUCAUUGUGAAAGAGAAGGUUAUAAUUUAACACAAGAUUGUCCAGGAGAAACCCCCAUGUGUCCCAAUAUAUCCCCAGUCUGUCAUCUGUUGUCUGAUCUCCCUGGUCCCAGGGGACACUGUCCUGAUAAGUCUUGUACUGAAAGUGCAGGUCUAAAGCAGAACAGUCUAUAUACAUGCUGUAAAUGUUCGAAACGUUUAGAAACCAAAACCCUUCUGCUGCGACAUCAAAAAAUUCACAUGAAAAAGAUUCCAUUUUCAUGCACUGACUGCGGAAAAAACUUUCCCCACAAGUCUGAACUUGUGCGACACAAGAGAAUUCACACCGGAGAGAAGCCAUUUUCAUGCACAGAGUGCGGGAAAUAUUUUACCCAAAAGUCAAAUCUUGCUGAACACCAGAAAACUCACACAGGAGAGAAGCCGUUUCCAUGUUUAGAGUGUGGUAAAAAUUUUGCAAGGAAGGCAGAGCUUAUUAAGCAUCAGAGAAUUCACACGGGGGAGAAGCCAUUUUUAUGUUCUCACUGCGGGAAGCGGUUUACCCACAAAUCGGAACAUGUUCGACAUGAACGAAUUCAUAAGGGGGAGAAGCCAUUCCUAUGCUUGGAGUGCGGAUACACCUUUGCAAUGAAAUCUGAACUUUUUAAACAUCAGAGAAUCCACACAGGAGAGAAGCCAUUCUCGUGUCCUGAUUGUGGAAAGUGUUUUGCGCAGAAGUCAACUCUCGUCACUCAUCAGAGAAUUCACACUGGAGAGAGGCCCUUUGUAUGUAUAGAGUGCGGAAAGGGAUUUGUACAGAAGUCCGAUCUUGGAAAGCAUCAGAGAAUUCAUACAGGGGAGAAGCCAUUCUCAUGUUUUGUGUGUAGGAGAUGUUUUACAAGAAAAUCUGACCUUCUUUCCCAUCAGAAGUAUCAUAAACAUGGUAAUAUCUGAAACCACGUCUUAUAUAUGGAAUUAUUCCACAUAAAAAAUUGAGUCACUUUAUAAAAAACAUUUUAUUACUUUUAUAGUGUAUUGAUCCUAUCUGACACACCC